GGAAACAACCGUGAACCUUCGUACAUGUCCAUAAAUAAGAGCCAAGAAGUUUGUGUAUAAAUACUAUCCCUUCGAUGUCUAGCCCUGCAUCGGGUAAGCUGGCAAAAGAAAAGAAAAAAAAAACAACCAGCAAGAGAAAAAGAGAGAUCGAAGAAAGAAAGGAAAAGAAACGUGAAAAAGAGGAGAUGAAAGAAGAAAAGAGAGAGGGAAAGAAAGAAGGAGCAGGGGACUGUCGGAACAAUCGCCGCCGUCUUAUACAACGGCUCGACGGAGAAGAUUACAAGGACGCCGGAGAAUAAGCUUUGACCGUGCCGCCAUUGAAACGGGAGGAGCUACUGCACUAGGGAAAUAAUUGCCAAACCAAACCCCUAUCCGAACCUCCCUCUCGACGUCGCCGGUGAAGAAAAUACGCCGGUGUAGCACUGCCGGGCUGCCAGAUCGUUUCCACGACGGAGAACGAGUCACCGAUGGUAACACCUACUGCCGACACCAGAAGAGAAGGGCUGUCGCUGGAAGACGAGACCGUAUACCAGUCCAUCGAACCACCUGCUGCCGCCCUCAGGAAGAACACCGGAGGAUCUCGCCACUGCACAGGUUCCUUGGUUGCGCCGGAGAAGACGACGAACUCAUAGUAUGUACUACCUCCGUUCCUAUUUUAUAUUCCAACCCACUUUGGCACACAAUUUAAGAAAAGUGGGUAUUGUGUGGUGGAGAGUUGUGCAGAGGACAGAGAAAUGUGUAAGAAAUGUUUUGAACCACAAAUUCUUUACCAAAAAAAAUAAAGUGGAAAUUUAAUUGGAACGGAUGAAAAAGGAAAAUUGAAAGUUUAUUUAGGAACAGAGGGAAUAUAACUUACUCUGUAUUACUCCGUAUGUUAAUAACUUCUGGGCUGGACCUCUGUCAUUUUAAAUAGUCUGGGCCGAGUCUAAAAAUAAUAAAACUGGACUGGGUUGCUAGUUAAUAGGUGGGUUGGGUAUUAAUCUAAUUACCAGGCUGGCCGAAAUUGAUAUGGACUAGGCUGUUUAUUUAGAUGACCAGACCGAUUAAUAUCAAUGAUAAUAAUAUUAUAAGGAUAAAAAAAUGAUUAAGUCGAUUAUUUAACAAAGCAAAACAUGGGACAGAAACAGAAUGGCAAAAAUAGAAUGUAGUACUAAUACUAGAAUUUUAAUAUUCUUAGAAGGUGAUUUUGGUGAAGAUCGAGUUAGAAGCUUCGGUUAGAAUCAUCGCAAUUUGAGGUAAGUACUAUGUCAACCAAAUUUCAUGCUUUUCCCAUAUAAAUUUAUUUGUGACUAGUUAUUUGAGAUCAUUUGAGUAUAUGAUAGUUAAUGAGAUUUUACGUACCAAUUGUGAUUGUGAAUUAUAUAUAUUUGAGAUUUAAGAAUUUUAUAUUGGGUGAUAUUUUGAGCAUUUGAAUUUACAUUUGAAUUGUUCUUGGAUUGAAAUUUGAGAUUUGAGAUAUUUAUGAAGUAUCCUAUAUUUUGGACUAUUUAUGGUAUAUCUGAGUAUGAUGAGUUGGAGUUAAUAAUUUUCAUUGUGAAUAAUUUUGUGGAGUUUGGAUUUCAUAUCCAUUUUGAUUGAGGUUAUGAUACUUGAACUUUGAGAUUGAAUUAUGAUUUUGUGAGUACCCGGAGAAAUGUGGAUUUGGUGAGUGGUAAUGACUAUAAGUCUAAUUCCACCAGGGAUCUCCCAAAAGCGGAGCAUCCCAGCUUAAUUAUAGUAGUCAGUAGAAAAAUCCCGACUACUCGGACUUUUUACUACCCGGAGAGCUUGGAAUCUCUUUUAGGGGGUGUGAAUCACUUAAGGUAGGAGUUCGGCUUCCAUUGCCUUUGAUUGAGUGUGAAUGAUUGGAUUAUAUUUGGAUUAAUUGGACUUGGAUUCCAUUGAUAUUGAGAUGAAUUGGUUUUGAGGCUUGGGAGGUGAAUUUCAUUGGAGUUGAGGUGAUUUGGAUUAUUUGGUUGGACUUGAUUGAGGUGAAUUGAAUUAUAUUAUAUUGGAUUAUUUGAGUGUGUUAUAUUUUGUUUGGAUUGGAUUGAAUUUGAGGUGGUUGAAAUUAUUAAAUUAAUUAAGGAUUUCCAAAGUAAAAUACUUUUGGAUUUGAUUUGAUAUGAAUAUGAUGAAUAUUAGUUAUGAGUUUUUGGAAGGAUUUUGAUAAAGUGUUUAUGUGAGUUUUGAGAUAGAUAUUUGGAGUUUUUCAUAUGAUUUAUGUUUUGGAAUAUUUACGAGAAUUUUUGGGUGGUUUGUGUAUAUUGACAUUUUUUGGAUUAUUAUGAUUUGGAAAUAUGUACAUAUAUUUGGAAUAUUAUUAUUUUACUUGUGAUUUAUGUGAUGAUGAGAAUUUUGUAUAAAGUGUUUCAAAUGGUUUCCUUCCAAAGGUUUUACAAAAAUGAUAUAUAUGUAUCAAACCUUAUUAUUUUACAGGGUUGGGUGAGCCUUACUUAGCAUUUCCAGCUAAUUUUUGUUUCUUUGUGUUUUUCUUUCUGUACCUUAUUUGUGCAGGAUUGAGGAUCAUGUUGAAGUUGAUUUCGAGAGCUUCCGCUAGAACACAUAGACUAAAGUGACUAAGUAAUUUAUUUUAGUCUUAAUUUUUAAAGAAUCAUAGUUGAACUAUUAAUUAUGGAAAAUGUUAAUUAUUGGUGGUGGAUAGCCUGUGCACUCGGUUAUGUGAGAAUUGAGUGUGGCGAUAACGCCCCUGUUUCCCUUAGAAUUUUCCGCUGCACAACUCUGAUGUUUUCAAAUAAAUCAUUAUUUAAAGGUAUUUUUGGGUGGGAAAUUUGGGGGUGUUACAGAAGAUUUGCCGGUCCCACCCUCUCGGGCAGUCCGGGUUUCCUACUGCCGUCCUCAGCCGGGCCGGUUGGACGUCGAGAAGUUCCUCCCCUACCCACCUCGUUUGCAUCUCUUGGUCAAGGUAUGGGUUUUGGUGCUUCCUCUAUUACUACUAUUGUCACAAUCAAAUUAGUGGUUGUUGAAGAUUACUUACCCUAGCGCACUCAGUUUGAGUCAAUCCUGGUCUCUAAUGGUCUUUUGGGUAUACUUGAUGGAUCCUUAAUUACCUGCCCCACCUCUAUACACCUAUGAUUUAUAUCAAAAUCAAACCAUGAAUCAUGAGUAUUAUCACUGAUUGAAAUUGGAUUAGACGGUGCGUUCUUGGUUGUUUGUUACCCUCUCCCGUGAUAUACUUGUUGAGGUGCAUCGAUUAAAGAAUUCUACCGCUAUAUGGGAACGUUUUGAGGCUCGUUUCAUGGCGGCCAGUCUGGCUCGCUCCAUGGAAUUAAAACAGAUGUUGUCUCACAUGAAAAAGAAAGAAAAUUAGUCCAUGGAUCAAUAUUUACUUGAAAUCCGGAAAAUUGCUGAAUCACUUGCCUCAAUUAAUUCUCCCGUGUCUGAUCAUGAUAUCUUGCAAUAUGCGCUAUUGGGGUUAGGUCCGGGAUAUGAGUCCCUUGUUGGGCCCUUAACUCUUUUCCCGGAAGGUCUCACGUUUGAUAAGUUGUGCACCAAACUUGCCCAUCAAGAAGCCCGUCUUAAUUAUCAACAACGGUUAGAGACUAAUGUCGGCGCCCCAGCUUUCACGGCCCAAGGGCAGUCUUCUGCGAGAACUGGACAACGACAACAGCCGGCGUCGUAGGCCCAGCCACCACAGCAGCAGUCUUCGCAUCGUGGCGGGCGUGGUCGCGGCAGAGGAUCACAUGGCAGAGGUGGCCAUGGACGAGGACGUGGCGGCCAGAACUAUCCCAAGUAGUACUAUGGUCCCGGACAGCAGCACUUUUAUGGUCCCAUGCAGCAGCAGUUCCGAGGACCUCCUUCACCACAGCCUAUGGGUAUACCGGGAACUUCACUCUUUGAGAAUAAUUUUGGUUCAGUUCCUCCUCCCAUCGUCUAUCAAAUCUGUCACUCUCCAGGUCAUUCUGCAGUUAACAGUCCAUCCCGAUUUGGUCAACCUUCCGCACCUGCUUUAGCUGUUCCCACUAGAGAAUCUUCCUCCAUUGUUUGGUAUCCUGACUCUGGCGCCUCCGCUCAUAUAACUCCUAACGAAGGUAUUUUAGAAAAUAAAUCUAUUUAUUCAGGACCACUAACUGUGACGAUUGCUAAUGGAUCUAAUUUACCUCUUGUGACUGUUGGUGAAUUAACUUUUUCUUCUCCGCCGUGUCCCCUUCAUUUAAAAUCUGUUUUUCAUGUUCCUAAUCUUAAAUAUAAUUUACUAUCUAUUCAAAAAUUAUGUGCCGAUAAAAACUGUUAUGUGAUUUUUUAUAAAAACUCUGUUUGUAUUAAGGACCACAAUUCGGGGGAGGUGCUCUUUAAAGCUUCUAAUCAAGGUGGCGUUUAUCCUAUUCCCCGUCUCUUUCUUCAUCCAUUGCUUUAGCUACUCAUGUUGCUCUAGGGUCUGUCUGGCAUCGGCAGUCCUAUUUUAGAUAGUCUUAAAAAUUCUAGUUCUAUUCUUAGUACUUCUAAUUUUUCCCAUGAUUGUAUUUCUUGUCGGUUAGGAAAAUCUCAACGGUUACCUUUUCAAAAAGUUUGGCAUAAAUCUACUGCUC